AUUCAUUCAUUUCACAGCUUUCAAACCAUUGGAUUUAUUCAGUUUUUGGACAAUUGAAGUCACAGUUUGACACAGUGAUCUGAUUGUAAAAAUCAAUAAUUUAACGAAAAUCAAACGAGACAAAUUCGCAAAAUGAAUUCGAUUCAAGUAUUCGGUGUAAUUCUAUUGGUCGUGUCAUUAGUGCAGUGUGAACCGCCAAAGCAAAAUAUUCAACCAAAUGUUGAUCCAAAGUGCUUAGUGCCACCACCAAACGAUGUCGAUCCAAUGCAAUGCUGUAAAAUUCCCGAACUUUUGGAUCCAAAAUUAAUCGAAACAUGUGCAACGAAAGUUUAUGGACCCGAAUCCAAUCCAAGCAAUGGCCAAAACGAGCCACCAUUUGCUCCACACAUUAGAUGUGUCACCGAGUGCAUCUUGAAUGAAACUGGGAUCAUGAAGGAUCGAAUGUUCCAGCCGCAGAUGGCAUCUGAGCUGGCGAAAAAAGCAUUGGGCCCAAAAUCGGUUUGGAUGCCAGUUAUCGAAGAAUCACUUAAAACAUGCAACGAACAUGCAUCAAAAGCGAAAUUUGUCGAUCAUAAAGCGUGUGGACACAUGGGCGCUUUUAUAGUUGCAUGUCUUAAUACACAAUUAUUUAAGAAUUGCCCCGAAUCGGCCUGGAAUAAUGCUGGCAAAGGGUGUGCAGAACUACGCGAGACUACUAUGAAAUGUCCAGUUAUUGCUCCGAUACCCGCACAAGAUUAAUGGAACCUUACCAGUUGUGCGGCGAUAUUUCAGUAUGUUUGCAGCAUUCAAUCGAAUUAGUUGAUAAAUAAAACAAAACUUUGAGAAAUUAAAAUAAACAAUAUUCCGAGACAUAUUAAGAAGAAGAU